CCCCUCCCUCUCAAACUUGGAGCUUUCUCCCACUUUUACCGUGUUCUUCUGUAGCCUAUACCCGGUCUUCUUCGAUGCAGCCUAUGUUUUCCUCCUUAUCAUGACGCUGGCCGUUGAUGGAACAAACAGGUCGCUGGACCGCCUCUAAAGCAUUAUCGAAACUUCAAUGCCAGUGAAUAUUUUUCAAUCUCUUGAUUUUGGUUAGAUGAAAUAUGCGAUGUCCGCGUGUGAGCCGGGUUCUUUUUCUGCUACAUUCUGUUUUGUUUUUGGCUGCCAGCCAUGUCGAGUUCUCGCUGCCUGGCAGCCUCCUCUCUCCAGACGAAGAACAAGGUCGCUUUCUCCAGUCCCAGUCGGAUGUGUCCAUGGUCCAUCCAGUCAAAGUUGACAGAGAUGGACAGUUUCUCUCCCACUCUCUAGCACACGGCUUUGAGCGCGUGCGGCACAAGCGAGACUUGGGGCCUUUGGAGGGACGCGUUUAUUAUAAGGUGACCUACAAAGGUCGCAAUUUGGUUUUUAAUCUAACAGUCAACAACUAUUUGGUGUCGAACAAAUAUGUUCUGGAGCGGCGAAACGGAAGUCUGAACCGGACUGAGCACCGUACCACAGGGGAGAAUGCGUGCCACCUGAUCGGCACSGUGACGGAUCCUACUAAUGCGCGCGGGACAGCCGCCAUCAGCACCUGUGAAGGCUUGAAAGGUCUCUUUACCUUGCCUGAAGGACCCCACUUCAUUCAGCCAGUCCAGGGGUCCACUGAUGGGGCUGUCGAAAGGGAGGGACCAGAGCCCCAUGUGGUCUAUCCCAGCGUAACCACGGCACCACACAGAUACCGACGCAGCUCUGAGGCCCGGGACACACACAGCCCCUGUGGGGUCAGAGACGCACCAGGUGAUUCCCUAGUGGUGGAGAGGGAAAGAGAGGACUGGGAGAGGGAACAGCAGGAGGAAGAGAGGGAGAGAGAGGAGGAGACGGCUCAACAUCGCUCCCAACGCUCCGUCAGCAGAGAUAGAGACCAGGUGGUGGCAGACAAACUGAUCGACUACCACGGCAGUGACAACGUUGAGUCUUACAUCUUCACCAUCAUGAACAUGGUGGCAGGGAUAUUCCAUGACCAGUAUGGAAAUGCCAUCCCACUCCACUUGCUGCACAUCAACGAAGACUGCGGACUACCUGCUUCACCACGACACGAGCUGGGACACAGCUUUGGGAUCCACCAUGAUGGUCAGGGGAAUGACUGUGAGCUGGACGGCAGACAACCCUUCAUCAUGUCCAGACAGCUGAUGUACGACACCUCCCCACUUACCUGGUCCUCCUGCUCCAAAGACUACAUCACACGCUUCCUAGAUUGUUGCCAACUACAGUACGGCCCCAAUGCCACCUACUGCCACGAAAUCAACAAUGUGUGCCAGAUCCUGUGGUGUUCAGUGAAUGGGUCCUGUCGUUCUAAACUGGACUCCCCCAUAGAUGGCACUACCUGUGGCCCUGAGAAGUGGUGUAUCUCAGGGGAGUGUGUUAUCGUAGGGAAGCUACCGGAGACAGUGAAUGGGAACUGGGGACAGUGGAGUAGCUGGUCUCACUGUUCCAGGACAUGUGGGGCCGGGGUGCAGUCUGCUCACAGGGAGUGUAACCACCCCAAACCAGAGUUUGGUGGGAAGUACUGUACAGGCGAGAGGAGGCGUUACCAUAUCUGUAACACCAAACCAUGCCAAAACGCCAAACCCACCUUCAGAGAAAUGCUGUGUAGUGAAUUUGACACAGUGCCCUACCAGAACGAACUCUACGAGUGGGUCCCUGUGGCCAGCCUAUGGUUUUCAGGCUUUUGUUCCAGCCCAGCACUAACACAGCUGAUUCUCCUUCCUCCUGUCACAGGCUACGUGGACGUGGGAGUGAUCCCAGAGGGGGCACGUGACAUUGUGGUCCAGGAAAUGGAGGAGGCGGGGAACUUUCUGGCUCUGCGGGGUCAGGGGUCAGAGGAGUAUUUCCUGAAUGGCGAGUACAUCAUCCAAUGGAAUGGAGAGUACAAGGCAGGCGGAACCACCUUCUACUACGAGCGCAGCGGGAACCUGGAGAACCUUACCUCCCCUGGACCCACCAAACAACCGGUCAUGAUCCAGUUGCUGUACCAGGAAAAGAAUCCAGGUAUAAAGUAUGAGUACACAAUCAAGAGGAACCGCCAGACAGGAAAUGAGGUCAUCAAGCCGGAGUACAGGUGGAGGCAUGGGGCCUGGACAGACUGUAGCACCACCUGUGGGCUAGGUGAGCAGCAGCAGCCUGUCAGGUGUUUUGAGUUGGAGGUGGGCGUGGUCGAUGAGGCUCUUUGUGACCCAGAGAGCCGCCCAGAGGACCGACACCGCAAGUGCAAGAACAUGGACUGCCCCGCCAGGUGGUGGGUGGGGCGCUGGCAGCUGUGCUCUGCCACCUGUGGUUCGGGAGGGGUGAGGAAGCGCACAGUGCUGUGUGUGCGCACGGUGGCUGGGGAGGAGAGGGUGCUCCACUCUGGGGACUGUAAACAGUUGCUCAAACCCAAACCUGUGGUUCCCUGCAACAGAGACCAGCUCUGUGGACCCGACUGGGCCGCGGGCAACUGGAGCAUGUGCCCAGUGACAUGUGGUGGUAGCGUGCGCUCCCGGACGGUCACCUGCCUGACCGCACCCCCAAAAAAGUGUGACAUCAAAACCAUGCCUCGCUCCAAGUCGCUGUGUGCCCUGCAGAGCUGCCCAAGCGCAGGCCUCCGACGGCGCCCGGGACCACCCCCUAAAUACCGGCGUGUCUACCUGCCCAAGAGACCCCCAACCAGGCAGCCAGUUACGCACACCCGGGGCCCCAAAAGCACCAGCACCACCGCUACACCCGGAACCAGCACUGUUACAGUGACUGAGAGAACUGCAACCCCCAUCACCACCUCUACCACCAAGCCCCUCCAACGGUCCUCCACAGCCACUGAUAUCAUUGACGUCGAUAACCAUGUGGUGAAGAAUGGGCAUGUGGAGGACAAGGACCGGGCGUUUAUUACGACCAGUACUACUGAAACAGAGAACGGGGAGAGGGACAUGAGAGAGAAAGAAGAGGAGGAUGAGGAAAAGGAGGAGGGGAGUGCAGCUGAUUUUGUGUUUCCAGAUUUGGGGGUUACGUACACCCCGGGGUAUGACUAUGUAGUGGAGGAUGUGACUACAGAGGAGGAGGGGCGUACAGAUCUGGACAUUUUUACCACGGAAUCCUCUCUCAGGACCCCCAUCCAAUCACCGCCCACCGUGACCACCACCAGGUUACACCCUACAUCCACACCACACACAAGCGUCCCAACAACAUCACGUACAACCCAACACACAACCAGAGUACCCCUCACUACCUCCCCCUCAACCCCACAAACCAGCACUGCGCACUGGGCUAUGAACAACAGCCGCUACACCGUCACUCCCCCCAACACCACCCCUUCUAUCAACCCUUUCACCAAACGGACAACCAGGGUGCCCCACACCACCCCUAUACCCCGGGCACACACAGCGGGGAUGAGGAGUACACUUAUAGCCCCUUACCACACUACACAAGGACUGUAUCCCAUUACAGAAGGCAUUUCCCACACUAGCGAUGCCCUGUACGUCAGCAGCCCAACCCCAGAGGCCCCCGGCCCCACUGUGAGGAUCAUUAAACGGAAAAAGCCCAUUGAGACCCCCAAGAGUGGCAGCGCUGCUCCCCGUUCUAUAAAGCCAGGCCCACAUUCUAAAGGGCCUGCCUCGGGUUCUAAAAGCCCCUCCCCUCAUUCAAAAGGCAAAGGUCAGGAGCAGAGACCAGGGAGUACCGUAGUGACCUUCGCCAGUGAUUAUGGUUACCUGAAAGCCCAAGAGCCAAUCAGCAUGGAGGUGUUCUGGUUGGUGGGUAAUUGGAGCGAGUGCUCAACGUCGUGUGGCCUGGGGGCAGUGUGGAGGCCAGUGCUGUGUAGCUCACAGCAGGAAUCGGACUGUGCCAACCUGAAGAGACCAGAACCAGCUCGCACCUGCCACCUGCGCCCCUGUGUCACCUGGCUGAGUGGCAACUGGAGCAAGUGUCCGAAGGGGUGUGAGGUGGUGGGGAGGAGGCAGCGUGAGGUGCAGUGUGUGGACGAGCAGAAGGGACGUCCACUGAGACCGUUCCACUGCCAAGUCCUGUCCUCCAGGCCGCCCAGCACCCUGUCCUGUCGUCCCCAACCCUGCCAGCCCUGGAGAACCUCCCCCUGGGGACAAUGUUCUCGUAGCUGUAGUGGUGGAUUGAAGGAGCGGCUGGUAUACUGCCCUGAGCCGCAGCGCUGUAGCGCCACCCAGAGGCCAAACGACACAGAGACCUGCAACCUGCAGCCCUGCAGCUACUGGGACCCACAGGACUGGGAGGAGUGCUCUGUGAGUUGUGGCGAGGGGUUGCAGCAUCGCGUGGUGCGCUGUGUUGUUGAGGACUCCGACUCUGUGGAGAACAGUCUGUGUGAGCAGAGCAGCAGGCCUGACACACUCAGGAAAUGCCACAUGCAGGAGUGUCAGACUAACACUGGUCCGCUGUGUAGGAAGAACAGCAUGUCGUCUCGGUUCUGUGACAAGCUGAAGUUGCUGGGCCGCUGCUCCCUCAGGUCCAUCCAGAAACAGUGCUGUAUCACCUGUAGAGGGUAACUCUGACCCGCACUACCUGCCUCAUGGACCUCAAACGCAUACAUACAGGGCAUCCACACUGCGAUCCCAUUGGCGGAUCUCAUCUCUAGUGCAAUCAGCUGGCAACAGCCUUUUCUUCAUCAUCCUCAUCGUCAUAACCCCYAACAGACCGUUACCUAUAUGGGGUGGGAAUUCGAGAAGCUAAAGUACUGUAUAUUGCUGCUGUAUGCAGUUUGUCUUAGCCUUGCACCUUCCUAGCUCAAACUGUGUAACCCAGGGUAUCAGGCCUCCAACGGCCUCUAAAGACUUAGUUAUGUGAACUUCUCACCCAUGUCCCACCUGGUUACCAAUACGGUUGAAUGUCAGUCAGAAUGUCAAGCUGUGUAAAAGCCUGUUUGGUGUGCAUUUUGUUUUCUAUUCCACGUUUCCCCACUAAUACAGAAAUGACGGUGACAGCCAGUAACACCCCCUUUCAGCUGGUAUUUGCCUGGUAUUUACACCACAUUUAAUUAUGUGGUGACAAUGGGUAUUUUCUGGCGCUUACUUUAAUGGUGCUGGAUUUAAUGAAUCCCACCCCCAAAACGAAUUAUUAAUGAUACGGUAACUAUUAUGUAACGAACAUUUUACUAUGACACUUCUAAGAAAAUACUUGGUAAAUAGUAGACUGUACAAUAAAGAUUCAUGUUUUUAAUUGUA